GCUUCAAGUUUGCUUUCCAGGCACUUCUGCAGAGCAGGGCUGAGUGUGAGCCAGGUCCUGGAGUCGGAGGGACUGCAGUGAAUCCUCUUUUCUUCCCUCCCUUCCUUGCUGCCAGUGUGGCAGGACGGGAUCUGCAGUGAGGUGCAGAGAGCUGCGGCGCAGCCCGGAGCUCCCACUGUUCCCUGGAGAGCCAUCGACUUAGAGGGAUAAAAAAGGCUCUGAAUCAAUCCCAGGGCCGUGCUGCUGCCUGGAGACCACCAUGACAGACUCCAAGUACUUCACCACCACCAAGAAAGGGGAGAUAUUUGAGCUGAAGGCUGAGCUGAACAGUGACAAGAAGGAGAAGAAGAAGGAGGCUGUGAAGAAGGUGAUCGCCUCCAUGACUGUGGGCAAGGACGUCAGGACUGUGAGGACCCGAACCCGCUGAUCCGGGCGCUGGCCGUGCGCACCAUGGGCUGCAUCCGCGUGGACAAGAUCACCGAGUACCUGUGCGAGCCCCUGCGCAAGUGCCUCAAGGACGAGGACCCCUACGUGCGCAAGACGGCCGCCGUCUGCGUGGCCAAGCUGCACGACAUCAACGCCCAGCUGGUGGAGGACCAGGGCUUCCUGGACACCCUCAAGGAUCUCAUCUCAGACUCCAACCCCAUGGUGGUGGCCAACGCGGUGGCGGCGCUGUCGGAAAUCGCGGAGUCCCAUCCCAGCAGCAACCUCCUGGACCUCAACCCCCAGUCCAUCAACAAGCUGCUCACAGCCCUCAAUGAGUGCACUGAGUGGGGCCAGAUCUUCAUCCUGGACUGCCUGGCAAACUACAUGCCCAAGGAUGACCGGGAAGCACAGAGCAUCUGCGAGCGGGUGACACCGCGGCUGUCCCACGCCAACUCUGCCGUGGUGCUGUCGGCUGUCAAGGUGCUGAUGAAGUUCAUGGAGAUGCUGUCCAAGGACCUGGAUUAUUAUGGCACUCUCCUGAAGAAGCUGGCCCCACCACUGGUCACUCUGCUGUCUGCAGAGCCCGAGCUGCAGUACGUGGCCCUCCGCAACAUCAACCUCAUCGUGCAGAAGAGGCCCGAGAUCCUGAAGCACGAGAUGAAGGUGUUCUUUGUCAAGUACAACGACCCCAUCUACGUCAAACUGGAGAAACUGGACAUCAUGAUCCGCCUGGCCUCCCAGGCCAACAUAGCCCAGCAAUCUGCAGAGCGCUGUGUGAGCACCCUGCUGGACCUCAUCCAGACCAAGGUGAACUACGUGGUGCAGGAGGCCAUCGUGGUCAUCAAGGACAUCUUCCGCAAGUACCCCAACAAGUGUGGCUCCCUGCCAUGAAAGCCAAGGGGCUGGAGAUCUCUGGCACCUUCAGCCGCCAGGUGGGCUCCAUCUCCAUGGACCUGGUGCUGACCAACAAAGCCCUGCAGGUCAUGUCUGACUUUGCCAUCCAGUUCAACCGCAACAGUUUCGGCCUGGCCCCAGCAGCUCCUCUGCAGGUUCAUGCACCUCUGGCUCCCAACCAGUCCGUGGAGAUCUCCCUGCCCCUCAACACCGUGGGCUCUGUCAUGAAGAUGGAGCCCCUCAACAACCUCCAGGUGGCAGUGAAGAACAACAUUGACGUCUUCUACUUCAGCACCCUGUACCCCCUGCACAUCCUGUUCGUGGAGGACGGCAAGAUGGAGAGACAGACAUUCCUGGCCACCUGGAAGGACAUUCCCAACGAGAACGAGACCCAGUUCCAGAUCAAAGACUGUUCCCUCAACGCAGAUGCUGUGAGCAGCAAACUCCAAGGCAGCAACAUCUUCACCAUUGCCAAGAGGAACGUGGAGGGCCAGGACAUGCUCUACCAGUCCCUGAAGCUCACCAACGGCAUCUGGGUGCUGGCAGAGCUGCGGAUCCAGCCCAGCAACCCCAGCUUCACGGAUUUGGAGUUAUCCCUCAAAUGCCGAGCACCAGAGGUGUCCCAGUACAUCUACCAAGCCUAUGAGACCAUCCUGAAGAACUGAGGUGCUGCUGCAGCCCCUCUUCCUCCUCCUCCUCCUCCUCCUCCCGUCCCUUUCCCGCCCGAGGGAGCAGGGCUGGAUCCGUGUGCAUGUCCCUUUGCCCCCUGCCCAGGACCCAGCCCCUGGGCUUCUCCCUGUCCUGGGGGAGCAGAGGGGGCAGGGGGCUGUCCCCAGUCCUGCAUCCCUGCAGCAAUCCAUGUGUGAGUGAUGCCCUGUGCUCCUCCUGGUGCUGCUCCCUCCACAUCCCAGAAACCCCAGCUCCUGCUCCUGGCUCUCAUGGAGUGCUGGCUGGUGGUGGGUUCAGCAUUCCAAACCCUGGGAAUAGCUGCUGGGGGCCCAGAGUGCUGUGGGAUUGGCUGCAGAUCCCCCUGGAGCCCUGGGAUUUGGGGCUGGAGCAGGUGGGAAGCAGCUUUGGCUCUCCCUGGUUCAGCAGAGCUGUGGGUGAGCCCUUCCCAGAGGAUCUCCUCCCCAUGGGAGCCCUUCCCAAAGCUCCCAGGAGGGCUCGAGGAUCCCACAUUUGAGGCUGUACUUAAGGUGCAGGUUCAAAAGGGCUUCUCCAGCCCCUGCCACGGGGCCAGGAGGGCUCUGAGUGUCCCCUGUCCCCCAGCCCAGCCCCACGGCUCCCUCUGCUCCCCCCUGGGUGCUCCCCUGGGGCUCCCACUGCUCCUGUCCCCCCCAAAUCAAGCCAUGGGUCCCCCCCUCCCUGGAAGCAGGAAAUCUCUAAUAUAUGAAAGAUAAAUAUAUUGUAAUGUUCACUGCUUUGAGGGAAUGUUGAAUAAAGGUGACACCAGCCCA